AUGUGGCUCAAAAUCUACCUACUCUCGAUCCUGGCCAUCUCCGUGUUCACGUUUGUGUUCUUGUUCGGCGCGUUGCCUCAAUUCGAGGACACUGCGGUCUGGAAGUUCCGAAAAUGGCUCAGCAACCGUCCGGCAGCCAUCAGAUCGUGGGACUCAAAGUACUGUGGGGGCCGUCUCUCGGUAGUGGGCGACUUCUGCGGCUCUGUGGUUGCUCCCGCAGCUCCAUGGUCCGUGCCCAUUCUCUACUGCGCCUUCACGACCUACAUGUUCUCUGCCUACUAUGAAGAUUUGCAUCCGUUCAUCGCAGAAAAUCACUGGUAUUACGCGUGGCUGGCGCCUGUGGCCUACACGAUUCUGGUUGUAUCUUUUGUACUUGCCACCUUCUCGGACCCCGGCAAAAUCACCAAACAAAACCACGCCCUGCUGCUCAACCAGUUCAGGUUUGACAACCUCAUGUUCCUGGAAGACACAGAAUGUAGCACGUGCAAGUUCACCAAGCCUGCAAGAUCCAAGCACGACCGGUUCACCAACAAGUGCGUUGCCAAGUUCGACCACUAUUGUCUCUGGAUCAACAACACGGUGGGUCUGUACAACUACAGAUGGUUCCUCUUCUUCCUGCUGGGCAAUGUCUGGACCCUGUGUUGGGGAGCUCUUCUGGCAGGCCUCAAAAUGAUUGUCAUGGUGGCCGCGGAGUACAAGGACCAUCCCAAACCGCUGCCAAGUAUCUUUUCGCAAUGGUGGCAGGUCAUGAUCACCAAUGAGAACAAACGGGUGGGGAUUAUCUUUCUGCUGUCGGUGUCUACCGGUGCUCUAGCCUGUGCCUUCACAGCGAUGCAUUUCUACUAUAUUUACCUUGGAGCCACCACCAAUGAAACGGAUAAAUGGGGCGAUAUCCAUGCUGCCAUUUCCGAGGGCAGUGUAUGGAUGUUUCAGAAGCCGGGUUUCAAGCUUGAUCGAAGCAUUUUGUUGCAGAAAGACGAGGAGGGACGACCGAACAGAUCUCUGACAGCGGAGGAGCGGGAGUACGUUGCCCAGAAUGGUCUCGCCUUGACCUUGCUGACGGACCAUAAACCGAUUGUUAACAUCUACGACAAGGGGUUUUUGAACAACUUGAAGGCAGUGAUGUUUCCGAACAGCGCUUAUUAG